GUGGAAGUCCUUAGCGACGGUCAACCAAUUAGAUUUAGCUGCAAAAUGAACGCUUUAACCCGUUUGAAGUUAUAUAAAGUUUUGCUAUGUGUGGAAAGUUGGUGUUGCUAGUGGUGAAUCGAAUGUUUGUGAUUGGGGAAAAGAGCUGGAAUGAUUGUGUGGUUGUUAGUUAUUUGUUCAGGAGUGUCGGCGGUGGAAUGGGAGGCACCAACGCCUUAUGACCCAGUUUGGCUCGCUAGUGUACUAGAGUACCCUGCCGUUCCUCCGCUUAACGAGACCCGAUUCUGGUGGGGUUGGGUCUAUGAGCAAGAUGUCCAGUUUAAACUGUUUACAAGGCGUAAUCCUUACGAGUUUCAAGUCCUGAAAAUCAAUGAUUCCAUGUCCCUGUGGGAUUCAAACUUCGACUUCAAUAGAAAAGUGAAGGUGCUUACACAUGGUUGGCUAAAUCACGGAGACAGUCCAAUGCCUGAAUCCAUAAAAGAAGCGUAUUUGAAUGUGAGCGACUUAAACAUAAUAGUAGUAGAUUGGGGCACUGCGGCCAACGUCAACUACAUCCUGGCCAGUUACAACGUCGCAAUGGUUGGGCGGCUGCUGACAGAGUUCCUGAACUUCCUCAUAGACGUGGGCGUUUCUAUGGACGACAUGCACCUCAUAGGUCAUAGCCUCGGCGCACACGUAGUUGGCAUCGCUGGAGCUUAUGUGAGGGAAGGACCUAUUGACACAAUUACGGGGUUGGAUCCAGCUCUGCCGCUUUUCACGCUGGGUAACAAGGACGCUCGGCUGGACAAGCACGACGCUCGCCACGUGGAGGUUAUCCACACGUGCGGUGGGUACUUGGGGUUCGCGUCCCCUCUGGGCCACAUCGACUUCUAUCCGAACGGGGGCACAAGGCAGCCAGGCUGCGGGUGGGAUUACAGAGGUUUGUGCGCUCACAAUCGCGCGCACAUGUUCUUCUCCGAGUCCAUAAUAUCGGACGUGCCGUUCACGGCUGUUCGGUGCAAAGAUUACGAUGAGCUCUACUACACGGGAUCCUGCAAGGGCACUGGUGAGACACUCAUUAUGGGUGGCUUCGAUAUACAUUAUGGGAAAGACGGAAUUUAUUACUUGAAAACCAACGCGGAGAAACCCUUCGCUCUCGGGGACCCGUCGUGAAUUACAAUAAAAUAUUAAAUUCGCUCCUUGCCAACUUCGUCUAUAAAUUAAAAAUUACAAAAGAAAAUUAAGGUGCGGUAAGAAGUUUUUGUUUUUUUUCGUUAAUGGAAAUGUCAUCAAAGUUUAUAAUUAAGAAGGAUUUUCAAGUUGUUUAAUUUAUUUUAUUUAUUGUUUAGAGUAUAAGCGAUUAUGAUUAAGCUGACGUUAGCUGAUAAUAAACUGUGCUGUAAAUAAUCAUCUAGAAUUUUCAUUAUACAUCUGUAUUUG